GACCCCCGGGGCGGCUGCCGGGGGAGAUGCUGGAAGAAACUUCUUAAAUGACCGCGUCCGGCUGGCCGUGGAGCAUUUCUGGGUUGGGGAGAGGAAAGGAAAGUGGAAAAAAACUGAGAACUUCCUGAUCUCUCUCGCUGUGAGACAUGUCUGAGACUCCUGCUCAGUGUAGCAUUAAGCAGGAACGAAUUUCAUAUACACCUCCAGAGAGCCCGGUGCCGAAUUACGCUUCCUCGACUCCACUUCAUGUGCCAGUGCCUCGAGCGCUCAGGAUGGAGGAAGACUCGAUCCGCCUGCCAGCGCACCUGCGCUUGCAGCCAAUUUACUGGAGCAGGGAUGACGUAGCCCAGUGGCUCAAAUGGGCUGAAAAUGAGUUUUCUUUAAGGCCAAUUGACAGCAACACAUUUGAGAUGAAUGGCAAAGCUCUCCUGCUGCUGACCAAAGAGGACUUUCGCUAUCGAUCGCCUCAUUCAGGUGAUGUGCUCUAUGAACUCCUUCAGCAUAUUCUGAAGCAGAGGAAACCUCGGAUUCUUUUUUCACCAUUCUUCCACCCCGGAAACUCUAUACACACACAGCCGGAGGUCAUUCUGCACCAGAACCACGAGGAAGAUAAUUGUGUCCAGCGGACCCCGAGGCCAUCCGUGGAGAAUGUACACCAUAACCCACCCACCAUUGAACUGUUGCACAGGUCCAGGUCCCCCAUCACGACAAAUCACCGGCCUUCUCCCGACCCCGAGCAGCGACCCCUCCGGUCCCCCCUGGACAACAUGAUCCGCCGCCUCUCCCCCGCCGAGCGGGCCCAGGGACCGAGGCUCCACCAGGAGAACAACCACCAGGAGUCAUACCCUCUGUCCGUGUCUCCCAUGGAGAAUAAUCACUGCCCGCCAUCCUCAGAGUCCCAUCAGAAGCCAUCCAGCCCCCGGCAGGAGAGCACACGAGUGAUCCAGCUGAUGCCCAGUCCUAUCAUGCACCCCCUGAUCCUGAACCCCCGACACUCCAUGGAUUUCAAACAGUCCAGGCUCUCCGAGGAUGGGCUGCAUAGGGAAGGGAAACCCAUCAACCUCUCUCACCGGGAAGACCUGGCCUACAUGAACCACAUCAUGGUCUCUGUCUCCCCGCCUGAGGAGCAUGCCAUGCCCAUCGGGAGAAUAGCAGACUGUAGACUGCUUUGGGAUUACGUCUAUCAGUUACUUUCUGACAGCCGGUACGAAAACUUCAUCCGAUGGGAGGACAAAGAAUCCAAAAUAUUCCGGAUAGUGGAUCCCAAUGGACUGGCUCGACUGUGGGGAAACCAUAAGAACAGAACAAACAUGACCUAUGAGAAAAUGUCCAGAGCCCUGCGCCACUACUACAAACUAAACAUUAUCAGGAAGGAGCCAGGACAAAGGCUUUUGUUCAGGUUUAUGAAAACCCCAGAUGAAAUCAUGAGUGGCCGGACAGACCGUCUGGAGCACCUGGAGUCCCAGGAGCUGGAUGAACAAAUAUACCAAGAAGAUGAAUGCUGAAGGAGCCAACCCAGCACCGCGGCGGCUGGCAGCAGCAGAGACCCUGCCCGAAAGGACUGCUGGUGGAGUGAUGGAGCAGGGGGCUGAGGAGAGCUGAAGAGGAAGAGACCUCGAAACCAGAGUGACACUUCUCUUGCGUAUCAGGAGGGACCCCAGAGCACCUUAGACAAACCACCCAGCAAAGGCGGGGCUGGAAUUCUGGCCGAGGGCACGAGCCUGGGACUCACGCUUCACGUUUCCUUCUCAUUUGGAAUCUCUCCAUCUGUAAUUCCUCACCCUUCCACCUAUUGUUAGUUUCAUGGUGUUUUUGUUUUGUUUUUUUAAGAACACGCAGUUUGACUUUUCAUCAUUCAUAUAGGGGAAGACAUCUGAUGUUGUUUUCCUAUGGAAAUAUAUAUCUAUUAUAUAUAUAUAUAUUUUGCAAAUCUUACAAAGUGCGGCAAGCCCAGCUGGUCAGGAAAGGGAAUACUUGCUAAAAGGUUCAGGUUCCCCUUUGUCCUGCCAUGUAGAUCAGGUUUAUUCCUGUUGCUGUUGGGUCCUGGCUGAAAAAAAAAGAAAGAAAAAAAAAAGUUGCUUUUAAAAAAGAUAAAGUAAAAAAGGGGAGCUCUCUUUUUCUCUCUCUCAUUUUCUCUCCUUCCCUUCCUCCCCUCUCUUCCUGCCUGGCUGCCAUUGAGCUUCAGAUGCCUUUCCUCAGAGUUCAGCCUCUUGGGAAUCGUUGGCACCCAGUCAAUGACCUGAGUGUUUUUGUGACCAGCACCACAAAGUCAAACCCAUAUCCUGGCAUAGGGCCCACCGUCUGGGGGAGGCCAAAAUCAUCCCAGAUGCUGCUGAACUCCAGAAAGAUAAGCGCCAGUCCAACAAGCUGCCCUGAAAAUGGCUGAGGACCACUCAGCUUGCUGGUUCUGCAGAAUGUAAGAUAAGGACGGAAGGCUGUCCAAGAUAUUUGGAAGACCCCAACAUCUUGGGAUUAGCUUACGAGUGCUGUAAAGUGGAAAAUAUGAAAAGACCACACAGGCCUGGCAGUCCAGAAACUGGGUGAAAGUAUUCUGCUGUGGGGAUUUAUUUUUCUAAAGCAGGUUAUUGAGACUGAGAGGAAAGAAAGGUCUUCUCUGCACUACCCCAAAGGCCAUCUUGUGGUCAAUUUCAUGCCCUCACUUGAUUUUUUUUCCAUUCCUAGCCUUUUUUUUUUUUUUUUUUUAAGUUCCUUGUUCCCCAUUGGGCACAGGACAUAUGAAGGAGGAGGAUUCCAGAGUGCAGCCUCAGUUGCUACCAGUGCUUGCCCAGCCUGGGCAGACAGGAAGUUCCUCAGACACAUUAUUCUUUCCUUCUUUCCUCCCUUCAUAACUGUGUUUGAGAAAGGACCCAUUCAUGGCUCUUUUUCACCUCAACUUAAGGUUGGUAAUAUAAAACGAGGGAAAUGCCAGCCAUAGUACUUUAGAUGAUAACAGAUAUUUUCAGAGAGCUGUUAUAGAUAUCUUUUUUUUCUUUCUAGCUUUCUAAAUUAACUCUUCCAAUAUAGGUCCAGAGAUCCAGUAUUAGGAGUACAGUCUUUUUUUUUUUUUACCCAAAAGAUUAGCCCUGCCUUAUAAAGCACCACCUCCUCGUUUGCCUCCAUCUCCUCUACCCAGUUGGGGGAGAAUCUUACAGCUAUUCCAGGGUACGAAUGUGUCCUUCCCAAGUGAAGCAGCCAGAACACUGGGCUUCUCCUCAUGCCAUUUUGGAGUUGAGGAGACAUAGGCAGGAGGAAUUCUCCCCUGGCCUUACAGUUACACCAGCCUGGGUGGCAAGUAGAUUGACUAUGAUCCAAGGACACUGGAAUUGAGAUGCUAAUAAUCAAGGCUCUUCAGUCUUGCUCUGUUCCUGCCUCUUCUAGGACCACAGGUAGACACACUGAGGUGCCUAGUCCAAUCCCACUGCCGAACACUCCCUCAUUAACCUUCUGGGUAUGUUGGCGUGCCGUGAGGUCAGGAACCUUCUGUGUGAGGCUAAAGGGCCCCAUUAUGAAGAGUUUGGUCUCAGUCUGCUUGAAUGGUGAUGAAAUUCAACUGAAUCCCAGCAUGCCACCGAUGAAUUUCAAAAGUGUCCUGCAGCAGCACACGGUGAUAUAUUGUCCAGCCUGUAAGAUGACUGAUGAUGUACAUCAAGAGGAGAUAGUAAGCCUAAUACCUGGGGUGUUGUGAAAUCCCUGGAGUCUUUACUUAAGAGCAGAGUUUAAGGGCUAGAGAGAGAGUUUGCGUUUGUACUGAGGCCAUUUGUAUGAGUCUGAAGUCAGAGACAAGGGCAUGAUGCUGCUGCUUCCCUAGGAUUUCACUCCAGCCACUUGACCAAGUAGAAGAAUGAGUCACUUCUUACUCAAAGAAUCUUACAGUUGAAUUAUGGAAGGAAAUGCCCAUCUGUUGCAAAGAUUUCUGUAUUUAAAGCAAUAUCCUAUAAGUAUAUGUAAGACUUAGGACAACACCUUCAGCUACUUGAAGGAGAAAUAGCAGAAGGUGCCAAUUCCAAUGUAGUCUUCCCAUUCAGGUAUCACCAAUAAUGGCUUUCUGUUGAUCCCCUUAACUGCAAAAGUCCUCCUCAUCUAUUCUUUGAGAGAAGGCUUGGGCAGUGCUAAAACCAGGGCUACAGUGUUUGCACACUUCAGACCCCAAAGAUUUCGGAUUCAAUUGAGCAAAACUUUGUGAAGCAUCUGCUAGAUACUGUCAGGGAUUCAAAGGUGAAUCAGGUAGUAUUCCUGGCCUCUGGGAGCUUACAUUUGAUCUGCAGAAUCCACCAGGCAUGAAAUUUCUUCAACAUUAAAUGCUAGGGAUGAUGGAAAUGUCACCCAGGACCAAAUUAAAAGCACAUCUCUCCUCUGAAUAGUUGGCCUCCCUCUUGCCAUCCUGAGAACUCUUGGAAAGGAAACACUAGGAAAGGGAAAUGCAGAGGAAGAGGCCUGCAGAGAGAGGGGAGCUUCCUAGAAUGUGUCAGGAUGGACACCUCAAUUUUAUCUUGAAAUCCCCCGGGCAUCUUCCCUUCCCUUCACCUUGUAUUAGCCAGGUCACCACCUCUCCAUCAGAUGAAAAUAGUGACAAUUGGCUGGACUGGCUAUGUUGAAGGUGAUGUUACCUGUAAGAUCUUUUUUGACCCAAGGCAACUUGGCCCAGCCUAAGACAGCAUCACCAAUAUUCUAAAGCCUUUGGGGGUGAAAGGGCCCCCACAGGAACAGAGGAAUAACAAACUGGUGGAUUUUCUCUUUUUUAUGGUGUAUUUGGAACUCCCUGAUCCAUUGUCUUUUUACACUGAUAGCUUGUCCAAAUGAGAAAGUAGCUUUAGCUGAAACUUAAAUGGCUGUGACAGCAUUUACCUAAAUGACGACGUCACCACCAUGCCCACAUUUCACUGCCUAGGAUCCACCUUUGAAUACAUUGAAACAGGAACUCCCUUUUGCAGAAAGGAAACCUGAGUAUCAGAGAGGUAAUGUGACUUGCCUUAGGGGCAGAGAGCAUGCCAGGGAUAGAAUUAGGAUUGGGAGCCAGCCCUGGCCAUACCCCCAUUUGACCCAUUCCCACCCAGGAAGCUGACGACAAAAGAUUUGGUAAAAUAUACAAAGAACAAAGGCAGUUUCUUUGCCCAGGCAUUCAGUAGAGAAGCUUUUCACCCACUCAGCCUGUUCCUCUUCUGAGCAGAAACCUGGAAUAAAGGGCGUGAUACAAUGAAGCUAGUUGGGGGUGGAGGGGUGGGGAGUGGGCACACAAUAAUCCCCGCCUGUCUACAAACCACAGAAGACUAACCUGAUACUCUCUUGGCCUUAUCUGCAUCAACACUAAUCAAGUGCAAACUCCCUGAAUCUUACACACAUGCCAAGUGAACAUUCUUGAAGAUUUCUCUUUGUGACUGCAACCACCUGCAAACCAGAACGAAUCUAGAAUUUCUUUUUUCUUCUUGUUUUUUUUCUUUUUUCUUUGU